CGAAAAAUCUUCGUCUGCUGUAAAUAUGUGAAUCAUUUGAAUGUUAUUUAAACAGUUAAUAACUCUUAAAACAACUGCAUUUCUUGAUAGCAUUUAAAGUGUGGAUGCUAAGUUUUAACUCUGAAAAUUCAUUACAUUUUUAAACUAGUUUAAUCUGUUUUUAAUAAAUUUCUCUUCCAAUACAAUGUAUAACAAAAGUUUCAUAACAACUAUAUUAUGUGUAAUUUAAUUCAGAAUUUUUAGUUACAUUUAUAUAAUUAUGACCCUGAAGUUUCAGAAACUUGAAGAAGAUUACCUUUCUUUGUUAGCCGAGUUUAAUACUGUCAAGUGUAAAUUGGAAUGCAAGACUGAUUCUUUGUUGAUACUGAGCCAAGAAUUAGAAAAAUGUCGCAUAGAAAGAGAUCAGUACAAGCUGAUGGCAGAUCAAUUGCGAACAAGAUACAGUGCCUUGAAAAGAAGAGUAGAGGGUUGGGGUCCUUCACUGAUGGGUGUAUAUGAUGUUGAUGGGUUAAAAUGUGAAAGAGAAAAAAGUUUAGUUCAGCUUUUGGUUGAAUUGAAAGACCAAAAUAAAUUUCUAAAGUAUGAAGUAGAAGAUUUGAAGCAAAAGUUAGAAGAUGCAUCUGGAGACAUGAAGAUUCUUCGUGAAGAACUUAACAAAAAGAACACAGAUUGUUUCCAAGAAUAUUUGUCGCCAAAUUUUGUUCCAUUUUCUGAGAAAGAAGCUUUAGUAAAACAAUUGGAAAUUCAGAAAAUAAAGUGCAUGCAGUUAACUCAGGAUUUGGAAGCAGUUCUUGAUGAAAAAGAAGAACUAAUAACUUCAAGAGACCAAUAUAUUCAUAAAUACGAAAGGCUAAAUCAACAGAUGAAUUACAUAUUAAGAGGUGAUCAACAGAAACCUGUUGAUAUUGAUGGUGUACUAAUGGAAAACAAAUAUCUUCAGGAAAGAAUAAAACAAGCAGAAGAGGAAAAAGCUGUCACUGCAUCAGCUCUUGCAAAAUGCAGAGCAUUGCUUGAAAAGAAACGUACCAAAGGUGGUAUGAGAAGCACUAUUGCAUCUGGAUUGGCUAUAAGUGCCAAACAAGUUGAGCAGUUGCUGCAGAGUAGUCCUUUCCUUGAUCUUACCAGUAAAUCAUCAAAUGUUGCUGAAUUUCGUAAUCUAGUAAUAACAUUAUUGGAAAAUUUAAGUGAUAAAAGUAUUGCCCUGUCUCAUCAAAAGAAAACUAACAAAAUAUUAGGUAAUCGAGUUUCAGAACUGGAAGAAAGAAUAAAAUCAUUAGAAGUUUCAAAUGUGUGCCAUCAUACUGAUCCAAGUAAAUUUUCUUUUUUGAUACAUGCUUCAAAAACUGAUGAGUUGCAUUUACCUUCAAAAUCCUUGCACGAUCCCACUCUUGAAUCUUCUCUUAGUAAUAUUGAGAAAAACGACGAUUUGACGCAAAAUAUCUUAGACGAUCAAAGUUUAAGGAGUGAUGAUCAAUUUUCAAUUUCUGAAUCAAGUACUGACAUCAGAACUAAUUCUGGUUUCAGUGAUUUGGAUAUUCUUCCAACCAAAGAUUAUCCUUCUGCAGGUUUGUUUGACCGUCAAGGAAGUAUGAGUAGCUGUAGCCAUUAUAGCGAUUCCAAAAUUAGCUCAGAAUCCUUUUCUCCUGUACAUGAUUCAAGAACUUUGCACAGCGAUUCAGAAGUUACUCCAAGAAAAUUUCUGAAUAAUUCAGUGGCGCCAUCUACUGCAGAUGAUCGUCACGAGUGGUCAUCAUUGGAUGUUGACGAUUUGCCUCCUAAACUUCAGAAAUUUGUGGCAUCAGCUCUUGCAGAAGUGGAUAAAAAUUCUGAGAAUGACACUGUUGUUAAAAGUCCUCUUCACAAGCAAAAAACGUCAUUAGCUUCUGUUUUGAAAUAUGACCCUGGAUGUUGAUCCAAGGUGAAGUUCUUUCAAAUGAUGGUAUUGUUAAUUACAUAAUGUGAUAUUUAUAAAUCAAAUUGUAAUUAUUCAUUGUAUUAGCUUAAUAAUCAUUAUCAAAUCAUGCCAUUAUUAUUUUAACUUUUGAGAAUAAUUGAUUUAUUCCAAAUAUUUAUAAUUUUUUAAAAGUAUACUUUUUUGAAAAAUUGGAUGUGUUAACAACAAUGUAUAUAUUUCCUUACUGUUAGAAAAACAGUUAUGAUUAAUUCAUUGAAAAAAAAAUAUUUACAAUACUUACUAAUGAUAAACAGAAUAUGUAUAUUCAAGUGUCCUUUCUAAUAGUUAAUUUGACUGAAAGUUAAUUUUUAAAUCUGUAGAGAUAACUUGGAAAAAUGCUUUAAAUGACAUUAAGAAUUAUAUUUUUAUGUUUUUCAAGUCCAUAAAUUUACUAAUGAAAAUGCACUCUAGAAUACAAACUAUUUGAUUUAAAGUUAUGAAAUUGAGCACAGAUAUCUGUAUGUUGGAAAAGGAUCUCGAUUUGAUUUAUUUUUUGAAAUUUUAAUUAGUUUGGUAAAUUAAAAAUUUGUGAUAGUUUGGCUCCCCCCUCCCCAAAGUAAUCCCCGAAAAUGUUACUAAAUAAUAUUAGACAAAACUGAUUUUUUACACAAUUUAAAAUUUGAACAUUAGUUUUUCUAAUGAUGUCAGUUUAUUUAUAGUGGAAAUUUUUGAAAAGAAAUUUUAAUUUUCUACAAUAUCUUUCAUUGUUGCGAUGAAAUCCAAACCGUUUUUACUGUUUCUUGAAAAAUUUCAUCGCAUGAUUUUCAUCCAUUAUUAGUAGCAUUCAUUCUAUCAAGAAGAAAGAUUUUAUUUGAUAUCUGUAUAGUUUAUAUAAGAAAUAAGAAAGUGAAGCUAUAAUUUUGAGAUAGUUAAAAGAUAAACGAACCAGUCACAAAAUGUUUUUAUAGCAUUAUGAUAUUAUAGGAAUCGAAUUCUUUAGGAAGGUUCAUCUACAUAAUAAACAGAACAGGUGUAAGGCUAUAUAGAUAUGCUUAAAAAUUUUGACUCAUGGGAUCAUGAACUUCAAAUUAUGCAUGAUUGAUUUAAUUAAAAUUAACCUCAAGCAAUGAACCAGCUGAUCACCAAAGAUGACUGGUAAUAAAAUAUUCUUAAUAUAGUAGCAUUUUUAACAACAACAAAAGGAAAAGUUCCAAUCUUCUGUGACUAAAACUGACCAAGUUAAGAAACUUUGAAUAUCAGCUGUAAGCUGAUUCAAAAUGUAUAAAAUAUAAUUCUUUAUGCCAUUUAAAGCACUUUUCACGUGAAAUUGUCUCUUCUAGAACUGGAAAUUAAUUUUUUGAAAAGUAAAGUUUUAGCUAUUGGGUAUAGUUAGUGUGUGCAUUUGCAUUGCAUUCUGCAGGUGUAAUAACAGGGGACUAGGUAUAGAUGCCCCAAUUGUCAGUCACAGAGAAAUGGCUUUAAAAAUAAGCAGUUAGUGUCUUCCUGUCAUAUUCUAAAUCAAGUACAUUCAAGGGUUAAAAAAAAGUUCUGUAUGCUAUUUGUAUUUACAUUGAUGCUGAAUGGAGGAAGAAAAGAUAUUAUGCCCAAGAUGUCACCAUUCCUCACUACACCACAGACUGUAUAAUAAUCCAUGAGUAACAGACACGUCUAUGUCUCUAGUCAUUUUACUAUGGCCUUGUAUCACGUUCAUUGAUGUCAUUGGUUUGUUAAAAGAAAUAGAUGUUUAUACUAUCUACUUGUUAUGUAUUAUUGAUAUUAUUAUCAUUGUUAAAUGAGCUUUCUAUUACAAUAUCUAUGCAAAUAAAAUGAGAUAAAUAUGCAUGGUAGUAACGGAUGAAAAUGCAUGUUGGAAUGUUGCUCAAGAAAAUUUAAGAUAUGGGUUUUGACAAUUGUGAAAAGCAUGUAGAAAUUUAAGUAAUGUAUACUUAUAUUAUUUCAUUUUGUGAGAUUUUACCAUGCAUUUUUUUUGUGUUUGUGACUUUGAAAUUUUUUAUUAUUAUUAUUAUUUUAACUUUCUAUCAGCAAAAAUGUUUACCCCUGAAGUUUUAACGUCUGUUAUUAUUUAUUUCAAAUUACUAGAAAUCUAAAAAUAUUAUAUUCAGAAAAUAUUGGGAGUAAAUUAUUUAAUUAUAUGAAAGUCUCCAAAUAUGGUAGGAUUUUUAUAUUUAUUUAUCAAACUUUUGAAAUAUUUUUAAUGAAUUUUGAAUUUUAUUCUCUGCAUUUAGUAAUUGCAUUUUAUUUAAAGAGAGGAAUUUUACGUUUUUUCAAACAUUGGUUCAAUACUAGUUUUAUGUUGUUUAUUUUGCUUGGAAUGUGUGUGCGUGCGUUUUUGAUAUAUAUUUUUAAAAAUUUUCAGUGUGUUUUCAUUUUGCCAAUUUCAAAUUAAUCUAGUCAUUUAUUGUUGAACUUUUAAAAAACAUUGCCUAUUUUUAUGGCCCAAUUUCUGCAUUCCAGGAUUUCGCCGUUUAAAACAAACAACACCAUCUAUCUCAAUUUUUUAAAAUUAUACCAGAGGACCAGGAAAUAGAAUUUUUUUAACCAAUCUCUCCUAAUAAUAAAGAUGAAUGAGUGUGUAUUUCGUUUUUGUAUUGGUGGACACAGUUAAUUGAAUCUAAUUUGGCACACAUCUACCUUAGAAAACGAGAAUGUGCACAUCGGAGCUGUAUUUUUUAAAAUAAACUUUAAGGAAAGAAUUCCUUAAUUUUAAACUUAAGGAAUUAGUUAAAAAUUAAGCUGAUUUGGGUCAUUUUCCAUGAUAUGAUAUUAUUACGCAAAAAAGGAAUUUUACACCCUUCCAAAGCUUAAAAAACUAUCUUUUUAAUGAUGUUAAUUUAAUAGUCAUCCAAAAUUUACCUGAGUUUCGGCAUUUUUUAAAAAAUUGCACUGAAUUUCAAUCUAUUUUCAUUGUUUCAUGAUCUAAUUAAUCGCAUUGUUCUCUUCAGUCGCUGUAAUCUAAAGAUGAAGGAUUCUGUUUAAUAUCUGUAUAGUUUAGAAGAUGAAUAAAAAAGAAAUGGCAGUCUACCGAAAUUUAGAAGAUAGAUGAAUCGCACAUUUACAUCUUCAAAAAUACCGUGAUAUCAUGGGACUGGUUCACAUUGGAUAUAAUCAUGUACACAGUGAACAUAAUAUAUCUGAGUCAAAUAAACAUGUCUGAGAGUUUGACAUAAUCUUAAUAAUUUAAUAGAUGGAAAUAAAUAUAAUCGAUAUAAACAGCUAGUCGCCAAAGGCGACGGACAACAGAUAUUUCAGCUCAAAAAAUUAGAAAUAUUCGUUUUUGAAUGUGGAUAGUUCAGUUUCUUGUAAAAUUUGGAAAAUUCAAAUAGAUGGUGUUGCUUGUUUCAAUUAGAGAAGAUUCUUAUAUACUAUUAGAAUGCAUAUUUAAAGCUUUGCAAUAUAAUCUAGUCUCAUGAAGUUCAUAUACAAGAUGCCUCUUAUUGCCUUUGUUUUUAAUGCUUUUGCCAAGAUGCCUUUAUCAAAUGCCUCUUUUUAUAUUUUUGUGACUUUAAUGUAUGCAAUUCGAAAAUGGAACUGAUAAUAUUAUAAAUGACUAUUAUUCAAUCAAAUGUUAACGAUUUUUGUGAGGACGACAGUAGAAUUUUGAUAAUGCAUUCAGGGUUGUUGUUUUUAUAUGUUUUAUGUUGUAUUAUUCAUUUCUUACUUUUUGAUUUUUCGAAUUCCUAUUUGACAGGAUUAUAGAUUUUACUACAAUUUAAUUUCCUUUGCAGCAACAGGCUACAUUAAUUAUAACUUUCUCCUCUGUGUAUAUCCAUAACAAAGUACAAGGUUUCAUAUGUUAAUGAUAAUAAUAUGCGAACGACGCAACGAAAUUGUGUUACGAUGAUAGUUAACACAACAAAAACAGAUUUUGCUUUGUAGCAAAUAUGCAACAUUUUGAAUCAGGUACAAUCUGAAUCCUUCUGAGAAUUUUAUGGUCAGCAGGAUUAUGGUGGCAUGGAGAUAGAUUCUCAGAUUCGAGUUCAAAAGAUCCUACUCUCCGAUUUGUAGCAAUGAUACGUUGUAUAUAAGGUUGAUUGUCAUCGUGUUAUUUUGGUUUGGAUGAUGAAAUGCUUGCGUUGAUAUCAUCAUCAUCGUAUUAGGAGGGUUUUUGCCGAAUAUUUUUCUAAACAGAAUGUUAAUCUUUAAUGUUCAGUAACAAAUGCGGUUGAUUAUGGACUGACUCGUUUUAUAAUUUAAUAUUAUUUCGAAAGUGUUCAACAGACUUUGAUUAAAUAAAUUCAUAAUUAUGCUAGCAAUAAAUUAAUAGAAGUCGUUCAUUUACGUUUACGUUCAUUAAAAUUGAGUCGUUGUAUUAUAGAUAAAUUUUCUUUUUUACUUUCUCGUAUACGUAGUAUAGAGAAAGUAUAAUAAUCGUCAAAAAAAAUUCGAACUCGAGAUUUUGACGAAUCUCCAUGUUUCGGAGCUCCCUGAGUUCGGAAAACACAUUUUUUGAAAAUAUCCACCUGUCUGUGACAAAGAUAACUCAAAAACGCGUUGAGCUAGACGGUCGAAAUUUGGUAUACAGCCUUUAUAGAAAAUUUCUUCCAAAUUUUGAGUAAUAUCUCUUUUGAGUAAUAUCUGCUGAUCAAAUAUAAAUUAACUCGGUAAUUGCAAAAUGAAGAGAGUUGGAUAGAUAAAUUUCGAUGCACCGAUUUAACAGAUUAAAUCUAUGGUGUAGACACCUGUCUAAUUCUGAGCCAUAUCCAACAACGAGUUGAUUGUCUGUCGGUCUGUACUUUCAGAAAUAUGUAAACGCGAUAAUUCAAAAACAAAUAAUUUAAAUAUAUGAAAUUUGGUAUGUGUUAUUGCGACUACAAGUACACUUUCAUGUCAAAUCGGUUGAGAAAAAACCGCGUCUGAAAUUCAAGUUUAAUUUUCGGAUAUUUUUAACCGCAUGCAAAACACUCUUCAAUGGUGACACGAUAGAUUCAAUAAAAAUGUUAAAUUCGCACAAAAAGUUAAUAUUUAGUAACUGUUGUCCAACAAUGCCAUGUAAGUUGUUCUCUGGCAUCAUAAAUUUAUUAGAAAGUACGCGAGAAAGUUUUCGGAGACCAUUGCUGCUGGUCAUAUAUAGAGAAUUUCGUUGCUUCUCUGCUCGAAGGUGUUAAUGAACAUUUAAGGUCAUUUUGUUUCAUUAUUAUAGCUUAAUUAUUAUAAUUAUGUAUAUUUCUAUUAUUCUGGAUACUUAAAAAAAAUAUCAAAUUUCGGGGAUUUGUAGAUUUAAUUUUUUUAAUGCAAAAUAUGAGCUUCAUUUUAUUGGAUGAAUGACCUAAUGGCCUUUAUUCCUCUUCAAAUUAUAAAAUAAGAUAUAAAACUCUCCAGUGAAUAUCGAAGCUGGAUGCUAUUGGUUUAUUAUAUUUUAACAGAUUGAUCAAAGAAAUGAAUGUGCGAAAAGAAUUGGCAAGAAAAAAAAUUGAAUGAGUUUUAUCAUUCAUGUAAACAAGACAAAACUGUUUUGAUCCUGGUACUCAAAAUAGAAGCCAACGGAUAUUGCCAUUGCUUAAAUUAGAAUUGUUAUUCAGAGAUGAUAGCAUACUGGAAAACUAAUGAAGCCAAUAAUUACGCCAACUAAUGAAGCAUCACGCCGUCUGAUAGGCCUUUUAAGUGUAAUCCAUCGAUAGUACAAGAUGGCUUAUUGAAAUUUGAAAAAAAGGUUUUUCCUUCUCGAAUGGGAAUUUUUAUGAUAAUUGAAAUAGAUUAUCUUAAUAAAAUUUUGUCUGUGGCAUUAUUUGGAAAAUAUAAAUGUGCUUAAAUUUUAGCAAGUUUUAUGUAUUACUAAUUUAUUCAAUUGAGAGUGGAGUGUUAAGGAUUUCUAGGUUAAUCUGUCUGUUUUUCCAAAUUAUGAAUCGGCAAACGAUAUUUUUGAAAGCAGAUUUCGAAUGACGAUCGAAGGAAUCUGUCUAAAAAUUGUAUUAGUAAUUGUAAAAAUUGUAUUCCAUUUUCGGAUUGUUAUAUUCUAUGCAUUUAAAAUUCUUAUUUAUUAUUUACUUUUACUCUUAUGUUUUUUUUUUUUUUUUUGUUUUUUUUAAUUUCAUCAAGGUAUGCACUUUUAGUCAUGUAUAUAUUCCAGAUAAUAACUGUUGUUUAUUUCAGGAUUCAUGAUAUUUUUAAAUAGUUGAAGAUAUGGAGUUUUAUAAAUA